UUGUAAUUUGAAAGUUUUUAUAUUCUCAACUGUGCAAGUCAGUUUAAUACCACCGUCAAUCUCGUGUCCAAGUGCAAGAUAUCAACAUCAAGCUGCGCAACGACGAAAGAUUCCAGCUCAGCACAGUGGAAAGGAGAGCAGAGUUGAAAAAUAAUCCGGAUCCAUACUCAUUUGGCAUUCCUUCUUUCUUCCCCUUCAUUAAUGCUCCCUCCUCUCACGGCUCAUAACACCCCACAACUGACAAAGUAACAGACUCAAAUCAAACCACCCCGUUUCUCAGCUCAUCUUCCACUUCAUUUUACAUUACCAUCUUUGGCCCCGACUCCAUCACUUCCCCUUUAUGUCCUCACACUCCCAAUCCAACUAAUCUCAUACAUACAAACCAUGCCUAUCACUUUCCCCCUCUUUCUCUUCUUCUCCAUACUCACCACCACUUUUUCCACACCUCUCACAUACGGUAUCUCUUACCACAUUGACUGUGGAACUCCAACCAACACCACCGACUCUUUCAACACCACCUGGCUAUCCGACCGCUUCUUCACAGGUGGAACCACCGGAAUCGUCUCGGAGCCUCUCCGCUUCCACCACCAACACGAAAAAACACUCCGCUUCUUCCCAAUCUCUUCCGGCAAGAAGAAUUGCUACUCCAUACCUUCACUCUCCACCUCCUCACGCUACCUCAUUCGCACCUUCGUAGUCUACGACAACUACGACGGCAAGUCUCACCCUCCUUCCUUCGACGUCUCCGUCAGCGGCACCGUUGUCUUCUCCUGGCGUUCCCCUUGGCCACAAUCCCUAGCACGUGACGGAGCUUAUUCUGACCUAUUCGCUUUUUUCAAAGAAGAAGCCCUAAUUUGCUUCUACAGCUUCGCCACUGAUCCUCCCGUUGUUUCUUCGCUUGAGCUCUUCGCCGUCGAUCCCGAUUCUUACGAUUCCGCUUCCAUUGCAAACAACAAUACCAUACUUGUCAACUACGGUCGACUCUCUUGCGGCUCAGACCAGUGGGGUCCAGGCUUCACUAACGACGCGGACCGGUUCGGAAGGUCGUGGCAGUCCGAUUCAGAAUAUCGAACCAGAAGCUCCGGUGGUAACAAGGUAGUUGCAGUGUCGACGAGGAGCAGCAUUGCAGGAACCGAUCAGAAGCCGAAUUUCUUCCCGACGAAGCUGUACCAGACAGCGGCAACUACACCGGAGACUGCGGAGGAAGGCGGUGGCGUGUUGGAGUACGAAUUAGUCGUGGAUGCUAAGCUUGAUUACCUUGUGUGGCUUCAUUUUGCGGAGAUCGAAGAUAGGGUUAGGAAGGCUGGGGAGAGGGUGUUUGACGUGUUCAUCAAUGGUGAAAAUUUGACAAGAGUGGACAUUUACAAGCAGGUUGGAAGUUUAGCUGCGUUUACUUGGCAUCACACGGUGAAGAAUUUGAGUAGCAGUGUUUUGAGCAUGAAGCUUGUUGGGGUUAAGGGUGCACCUCUUAUUUGUGGAAUUGAGAAUUAUGCUUUGGUCCCUGGUGAUCCUUCUACUGUUCCUCAACAAGUAAUUGCCAUGAAAGCGUUGAAAAGUUCCCUUCGAGUUCCUGAAAGAAUGGGUUGGAAUGGUGAUCCUUGUGGUCCUACUAAUUGGGAUGCUUGGGAGGGAGUUACAUGUCGAAUGAGUAAGGAUAAUACUGCUCUUGUCAUAAGUCAAAUAGACCUGGGCAGUCAAGGCUUGAAAGGGUUCAUAAGUGACCAGAUUAGUCUUUUGUCGGACUUGGUAAGCCUGAACUUGAGUUCUAAUUUGUUGGUGGGUGAAGUACCGUCUGGCCUAUGUCAAAAAUCCCUGAUACAUCUGGACUUGUCCAACAAUCAGUUAACAGGCUCCAUUCCAGAUAGUAUAACUUCAUCAAGUUUGCAGCUUGUGCUAUUGAAUGGUAACUUUUUGGAAGGAAAAGUGCCGGAGGAACUUUAUUCUAUUGGUGUGCAUGGAGGAGCCAUUGAUCUCUCCGGCAACAAAGGUUUGUGUGGUGUACCAUCUCUGCCAACUUGUCCUAUGUUUUGGGAAAAUGGAAGAUUAUCUACUCAGGGGAAAAUUGCAAUAGGCUUGUCUAGCCUUUUGGUUUUCUGUUUGAUACUACUGCUGGUCUAUAUCUAUAUUAGGAGGAGAAGGAAUGAUUAUGACUUUGCUCUGCCCCAUGAAUUAACAGCAUUAGCUGCCAAGAGAAACCGAUAUCAGAGGCAGAAAUCCUUGAUGGUUCUCGAGAUGGAGAGUCAACACGCUAAGGGACUACCUUCACCUUCUUCUACGCAAUAACCAUCUAUUCUUUAAUGGAAAUGGAAAUAUUGAUUUUCAUAGUUUUCGGCUAAACAUAUACUGACACAGCUUAGGUUAAGGAUUUCAAUUGUUUCAGUCAGCACCAUGGCAGGUACGAUGUUACAACACUGCAUAGGAGGAAAAAACUGGUUUUGGGGCCUGUCUUUCUGCUACAAACUUUGUCUUGUCAAGGAUUCUGGAAGCCACUUAUUCCCAUGCAUUGCAUGUUGUGUGUUACUAAGCAUUAGCCGCAGCUUUUACUGAAUGUGAUGCCAACAAUCCACCAAUGUAUGAAUUUUGAUUUUAGCCACAAUUCAGUGUACAUAUUUUUCUUUGCACAUCGGUUCUGCUUGACUCCUUUAAUUAUAUGUGCUGAUUUACAUAGCCACUGAGAAGUGAUUGGACCUUAUUGUAAGUUGUAUUUGAAGCUUUUUCAUUUGUUUACACCAUAACAUAAGUUUUCCAUGCUUCAAGAUAAUAAUGCUCCAUAUACAAAUAAUUCUAGAAGUUUUUAUUUUUCGGAA